AUGACCACUUUUGGUGAAAUAAACGAACCUUCAAGUCGAACUGCAUGGGAAGACUGGGAUGAAGUUUUGUUUACUGAAAAUUGUAUAGAGUUACGCUUGGAAAAAGAGAUAGAAGUACCCAAGCAAAUUGAUACUUUUAUCAUAUUAGAAGGAAAGUACUUAUUUGACUGUGUUAGAGCUCAUCAUGAACUCGAACUCGUUAACGCGAGUCCAGAAGUAAAUUUACGGUUAUUCAAGACUAAGAAACUGAAUAACUAUGUGUGUAUGAUAAGGGAUUACAACUUAAUUCUGAGCAGCGAAAUUGUGGAGAUGUUAAAAAAAUACAUUAAUGUUAGCACUGACGUUAUAGGCGUAUUGACGAAACCACUUGUGGAGUACCAAGUAUCAGAACUGGUCACAAAUGACUAUGUAAUCAGAUGUCUAUCAGCAAGUCGGCCAACAAGCGAUCUGGAUAAAACCUUCCCUCAUUUAGAGCAACCUAAUAUUAUAUCUGGUGUAUCUGCAGGAGCCCUGUCCUGGAGAGAAGUCAAUGAUAAGCCUGCUAUGGUGAUUGUAUGCUACAUUGAACAUCCUGAAGAGGUACAAAUACAAGAAUUAAAUAACUUGUUAGAAAAAUUCAAAGUUAUUCCUCAUGUGGAAAAAACACAUAGAGACAAUUUGUUGAACUCUAAUUUAUAUAUUUAA